GUGAGCUCGGGAUUUCAAUAACAGAAGUAUGUGAACGAGCCUGCUCUUUAGCACUGUAACAUAUUUAUCAACCUAUUAAAGAACGGAAGACUCGGCAUCAGUUCCUGGUACAAAGUCAUACACAUAGUACAUGAUGUUGACCGUACGUGUCCUUGCUGACCAAGACUCCGACUCCACCAGUACGACGAGUAGUGACAGUCCUGUCUGGGACCUGUCUUUCAAUGAACAGCCGGAAUUCGGUAUCCUGUUUGACGUAGAUGGAGUGUUAGCGAGGGGAAGUAACCCACUAGACCCAGCCGUACAGGCCGUCAAAUUACUGACUGACCCCGAGGGUAACCUACGAGUACCUAUUGCCUACGUCACCAACGCCUGUAACAGGAGUCACGACAAGGCUGCUCAGAUACAGACCUGGUUCAACAUUCCGGUAAGCCCGGACCAGGUGAUUCACGCGCCUACACCCGCUCGCCUCCUCACAGAGUACCACGACAAGCAUGUGCUAGUGGUAGGACAGGAGUACAGACAGGAGAUAGCGAAAGACAUUGGCUUCUCCAAAACGUGUACGAUAGAGGACAUCCGGGAGGCAUACCCCUUCCUGGACAUGGUGGAUCAUGACAACCGCAAACGAGUGGCUGCUGGUUCCUUCAGUGACAAUGUCAACUUUCCAAGAGUUGAAGCCAUUCUGAUGAUCGGGGAGCCUCAGCGAUGGGAGUCCUCCCUUCAGCUUCUCAUUGACUUACUGCUGACAGAAGGCAAGCCCACAUCAGCGCCCACCUCAAUCAAAGACGUUCGUCAGUUGCCCAUCAUCGCCUGCAACAUGGAUCUCGUCUUCAUGGCCGAGGCCUGCAUGCCAAGGUUUGGGCACGGGGCGUUCCUCGUUUGUCUGGAGGCCCUCUACAAGAAAAUAACAGGACUAGAUCUGGACUACACUGCACUGAUAGGCAAGCCUUGUGAAAUCACCUACAGAUAUGCGGAGCACACCAUUGCUGCUGAGGCCAAGAAAAUUGGAAUCACUCGACCAAUCAAAAAGCUCUAUUUCAUUGGAGAUAAUCCGCAAGUAGACAUCGUCGGCGCCAACCUUUAUGACCGAUUUCUGAAACAAAACAAAAACGGCAACGGACAUAUACACAAGCCUCUUCCGAGAUCAAGGUCCAUUCCUUGUAGCGAGCACCUGAUGGAGCAAACGGUACUAGCAAUGGAGAGUCUACUAGUCGGAACUGGGGUGUACAACGCCGAGAAGGAGUCUAAGAAGACAGACAAUGAUGACGUAUACCACGGACAUCGUGACAUCAUGCACGAGCCAGACCUCGCGAGACCUACACGCUAUGUGAAGGACGUUUACCAUGGACUUCAACAUAUACUGGAACAAGAAAACUUUCGCGUGGUGACAUGAGCACUCAACAAUAUAACCUCCUAUCGGUUGUGUUGAAUCAAGCCGCGGACCACGACAUCAAAUCCCAAGCGGGUGAACCAAAGAAUUGCAAUUUGUGAUACUGACGUUUAGCUAUGUCGCUGAGUUAAACAGAGGCUCGUAGGUCUUAGCGGUGGGACCGGUCCUCUUUAUAUAGAACGGUCAGAUUGACGUCAGCGACAUUUGUUGUCUUUAAGUCAAUGACUUCUCAGGAAAUAAAUGUCUUGAUGACAAGCAGUAUUAACUGCUAACUGUUGAUUGUAUUCGGAAAUCAUUUGCCAACGUCUAGUAUCUGCGAAGGAUAGAAUAAUAUACUGCAAUAAAGUGAAAUUGCCUUGAACAUGUUGCUGCAUUGAUUCCGCGCUGUUUCUUAAACAUGUUGAUAUUGUGUAACACAUAGAUCAAACGAAACUCCGAAAAUGUUGUCCAUUGAUUUAAUUUUUAAUAAUCAAUACUUAGUAAUAUGUUAAUGUAAAUGUAUGUUGUCAUGGCGACGACCUCUGCCAAUAAUGAGGUCAGGAUUGUGCCAGUUGCAUCUCUCUGUUUUGUUCAUCGUGUUGUUAUAUGACGUCACGAAGUACCAAGACAGACCGUUCAUUAACGUCAGACCUGUCUCCACUGUGUUCAUCUUUAUCAUUUUUUAUCUUAUUUAUUGGAAUAUUGGAUUAGUCUCAUUGUAUUUAUAAAUUUGUUAUAUUUUUGAAACAAAGAUUGAUUGAUGAAUAAAAUAAUAUUUAUUUUAUCUUUUUUUUAAAUUGUUGUUUAUAGUGGAAAGGAAGAAACCAGUAAAUUUUACAAUGGCUGGUACUGUUUAGCUCUGUUUUACACGGCGAUGGAAUAGUUGAGGCGACUUUCAUCACGCAAAUCACAUUUUGUUUAAUCUUUGCUAGUUGUCAACACAGACUUAUUAGUAAAACCACAAUCAAAGUUAUUUGAACUGUGGAGUUAACUAAUCAAAGACUUUUUCGAUAUUUAAUGAUAUUUCCAAAGCUUGUAGAACUUUUGUUAAUUUUGUCAUGAUAAACAAACUAUUUGUGAUUUUGUUAACAGACGUCAUUACGUCCACCCCAAAACCCAUGAAACUUCUGUAUGGAAAAUAAACAUCUUCAACGUAAUUAUGUAAUAAUAAUGUUCUAAACUUAGUAACGCAAGCCGUACAAUAUCGUGUUAAUUGACAUAAUGAUAUUGAGAGCUGACGUGCAGGUAAGGCGAUAAGGUGUCCUGGAAUUCGGUCGGUUUAUAAUUCAUACGUUACAUCGACAUUACCACUUUGCCAUAACAACGCUACGAGAGUGUGUUGAUAAACAAUGAAGCUGUCAAAAAUAAGACCCACAAAGAAGAAUAUCGUCGUAGCCAGCGAUGUAAAGGAGAAGCUGAACAUGGUCCAAUUGUUCAAAAGAUGAUCAGCUUAAUCAUUAUUUAACGACAUUUUUCAACCAGUAAUUUCAUGAUGUUUAAUGAAAGAUUUCUGGUACAGGAUUUCAUACCAGACUCAAUACAUGGACGUAAUAAUUAGUAAUGAUUUGGUCAAUGUACAAGGUCAAACCUCUUUAUUUGUAGUGUGUCGUUUAACUCGGCCAUAAUUUUUGCUAUCUGGAAAGCUUUAGCUCGGUUUAUGGUUGUGUUUUAAAGAUAUAGGGAUAUACACAAAACUAAUUUUCUGCUGAUCACCUUUUGAAUAACUGGGCCCAGAUGGCCUAAAUGUCUACAAUGUUAGGCAUAUGCGAUCUGAAGUACUAAUACAUAAGUAAUCAAAGUGAUCAUCUCCUUUUAAAGGCAUGUGAGGAUAGCUGACAGGACAGUAAGAUAACGCACGAAUGUCCAAUGACUUUCUUGAUUGUAACAUCCCUGCUUCCCAUAUCUACGAUGUUUACAUGUCGCAGUUGAUAAAGUUUUCAAAAGCUUGCCCCAAAUAUAAUGAUUUACGCGAAAGAUGUCGACUGCUGACAGACAUAUUAACAACAAUGGGUUUCCGUGAUAGAUGUCGACUGCUGACAGACAUAUUAACAACAUAGGGUUUCCAAAGAUGCAGGUUGAUAAAUAAUACGGACAAGUCGCCAUCAUUAUCACUUUGGGAAAUAUUCAAUUUAUGUGUAUGCUAUGUAAAGGUAGGUGCUUUUCUAUUAUGCUCAACAGUGUUGCUUGUAGUUCCUGGUUACUUCCCCGAUUCUCUCUUUUAUGACGUGAAAUCACAUGGAUUUGAAAUAAAUUUAUGUAACAGGUGUUCUCAAGGAUGUUUAUAUAACAGGUGUUCUCAAGGAAGUUUUAGACGCUUACCCUUCUUGAACAUCAGGUCUUGACCUUCUUGUACUUUUUCAAGAAUGUAAAUUUUGUUUUUGUUUUGUUCUUACUUUUUCCGUUUUAAGAAAAGCUCUUUUUAUUUAGGAAAUAAUAGACAUUAAUAAAAAACGUUUACUGAC